AUGGAUCAGUACUUUAAACUGGGUCAGUCUGUUCUGGUUCUGUUCUGUUCCUCAGAUGGAUUUGAGAGUUAUUCUGUGACUCGUUGUGAGUUUACCUCCACUGAGCUGAAGGACAUCGAGUACAUCCGGUCCAACUAUUACGACAAGUUGGAGAUCUACAGGUUCAGCAGCAGUUUGGGGAAGUUUGUUGGAUACACUGAUUAUGGAAUCAAGCAGGCGGACUACUUCAACAGUCAAACUUCAUAUAUUGAAGGGUUGAAAGCUCAGAAGGAUACCUACUGCCUGAACAACAUUGGUAACGACUACCAAGCUGCUCUGAGUAAAUCAGUGGAGCCCUACGUCAGAAUUCACUCUGAGGCGCCCUCUAGUGGUGGCAUGUUGGUCUGCGGCGUCUACAGCUUCUACCCCAAAACCAUCAAGGUGAGCUGGCUCCGGAACGGACUGGAAAUCACCUCUGGUGUCACCUCCACCGAGGAGCUGCCAGAUGGGGACUGGUACUACCAGGUCCACUCCCAGCUGGAGUACACGCCCAGGUCUGGAGAGAAGAUCUCCUGCAGGGUGGAACACGCCAGCCUGAAGGAACCUCUGAUUACUGACUGGAGUCCAUCCAUGCCUGAGUCAGAGAAGAACAAACUGGCCAUCGGAGCUUCAGGACUGAUCCUGGGUCUGAUCUUGUCUCUGGCUGGAUUCAUCUACUACAAGAGGAAGGCCAGAGGACGUAUUCUGGUUCCAACUAGCUGAGCCUGGACUGUGGUCCUGGUUCUGUCAGAUGUUUCAGCUGUUGCUUCAACCUGCUUCCUGUGUCCAGCUGACAGAAGAUCCUCAUCUGAUCCAGAACCCUCUCAGAGUGACCCACUGUGGUGUUGGAGGUGGUUUCAGUUCUCCAUCAGGAUUGGUUCUGUUUGAUCCGGUCUGGACCUUGGUGGGUCAGCUGUUUCUCUGCUGUUUAGUUCAUUUAUAAUCAUCUUCAUUAAUAAUCUGAAACCUUCAGAACCUCUGAUCAUAUUUUAUGAAAUCUUUGUUGUUUUAAAUCCAAAUAAACUGUCAGAACCUCU